AUUAUUUUUUUUUAUUACCAACAUAUAACAAUAUAUUUAUUUUGAAUAUACAAAAUUUGAUUAGAGUAUACUUCCGCUCGGAAUAGUUUGUGGAGCUUCCCUCUUUCCCAGACGAAUCGUCUUAAAGGCAGAAUGACGUGCAAACGACGAAACGGAGGACGUGCUAAGCACGGACGUGGACAUGUCAACCCAGUCCGUUGCACCAAUUGUGCCCGAUGUGUACCUAAGGACAAGGCAAUUAAGAAAUUCGUCAUUCGUAACAUCGUAGAAGCUGCUGCUGUCCGAGACAUCAACGAUGCUAGUGUUUAUGAAUCUUAUCAGCUUCCUAAACUCUACGCCAAAUUGCACUACUGUGUAUCUUGCGCAAUCCAUUCAAAAGUUGUGCGCAACAGAUCCAAAGCUGAUCGUCGUAUUCGUACACCACCUCAACGUAACUUCCCCAGGGAUAACAUGCGUCAAGGUGCUCAACAAAACAGAAAGUGAAUAUCAAUUAAAUCAUUUUGAUUACAUCUACAAAUAACAAUAAAAAACAAACAAAAAAACUAGAAACAGCGUUAUUAUU